AUGUCUUUGACUUUGCCAGAGGCAGAGAUGGAUCAGUAUCUUUUAGACGUCCAGGUUUACUUCACAGCCAUGGAAUGGGCAAAGUUCAGCAGUUAUGAAAGAAUUUGUAUCAAGAACGUCAAAGAAAACUAUGAGAUGAUGAACAAAGUUGGACUACAGGUCACUCCACCGAUGUUCAUACAACGUCAGCAAGAAAUAAAAAUAGAGAUCAAAGAGGAAAAUGACAGCGAGGAUGAGAAAAUGAUGUUAGAACCUUUCCAUGUACCUGUCGAAGAUGAAAAGCCAGAUCAUAUAAAGGAGAACAAGUUACAGGAAGAGAGUCCAAAUCAUGGAAGAAGAGAGAUCUCAGCACACAUUGAUGGCUUCACCCACAGUUGGAAGAAUCACCAUCUAGUCUAUCCUUCUCCAAUCUCUUACGUCACUAUUAAAGUGGAGAUUAAGUAUGAUGAUGGGAAUCUGCUAAAUGCUCAUGAAAUCAAAGGAGAGGGAAUCAUUGCACUCCUUCCAAUUGAGGACUAUGAUGAAGCUAUCCAGUUACAAAUCAAUCCAACACCAUCAGGUGAUCUCAACACUCAGUCAUGUGAUCAGGAGGCGGAACAAACCUUGACAGAUGUAGCUUCAGCGGGCGACCAGACUCACAAGCAAUCAGGCGAUCUCAGCACUCAAUCAGGUUAUCUGAAGGCAGAACAAACCUUGACAAAAGUAGCUUCAGGGGGAGACCAGACUCCCAAGCAAUUGGGUGAUCUCAACACUCAGUCAGGUGAUCUCAACACUCUGUCAUGUGAUCUGAAGACUGAACAAACUUUGACAGAAGUUGCUCCAGGGGGAGACCAGAUUCCCAAGCAAUCAGGGGAUCUCAGCACUCAGUCAUGUGAUCAGAAGAGAGAACAAUUCUUGACAGAAGUAGCUUCAGCGGGCGAGCAGACUCCCAAGCAAUCCCAACCAUCUUGUUCAAAAGUGGAGGAAGGAGAUGAUUGGCAGGAAAGAAAGGGCUCAGAUUCUGGGAUCUACCGAUGUGAGUACUGUGGAUCAUUCUAUGCUAUUCCUCUCAUCUUAGCAAGGCAUCUCAAGGACAAACAUGGAAUACAUGGUAUCUACAUGCGGUCGCAGGAGGGCAUUCUACAGUUUGUUGAUGGAGAAAUACAAAGACCUCCCUGUAAAUCUAAUGACUUUGAACUUGGUGAAAUGGGGAUUUUAAAAGAAGGAAGUGAAGUAAAUAUGAUACUUGAGUGUAAGUCAAGUAUAGAUUCAUAUUUUGCAUCAUGCCAUGAAGUAAUUAAUGAUGAGAAGCCCUCUGUAUGUGAUCAAUGUGGUAAGGCAUUUAAUAAAAAACAGAGUCUCAUAAGACAUAAACGAAUCCAUACAGGUGAGAAACCCUAUGUAUGUGAUCAAUGUGGUGAAGCAUUUAAUAAAAAACAGAGUCUCAUAAGACAUAAACGAAUCCAUACAGGUGAGAAACUGUAUGCAUGUGAUCAAUGCGGUGAGGCAUUUAAAUUAGAACAUCAUCUCACUAGACAUAAACAAAUCCAUACCGGUGAAAGGCCCUAUGUAUGCGAUCAAUGUGGUAAGGGAUUAAGUCUAUCUUAUGAUCUCACAAGACAUAAACUAAUCCAUACCGGUGAAAGGCCCUAUGUAUGCGAUCAAUGUGGUAAGGGAUUUAAAUUAGAACAUCAUCUCAUAGAACAUAAACGGAUCCAUACAGGUGAAAAGCCCUUUGUAUGUGAUAAAUGUAGUAAAGCAUUUAGUCAAUCUGGUGAUCUCACGAGACAUAAACGAAUCCAUACCGGUGAGAAGCCCUGUGUGUGUGAUCAAUGUGGCAAGGCAUUUACUCGAUUAAACGCUCUCACUAUACAUAAACGAAUCCAUACUGGUGAGAAACCGUAUGUAUGUGAUCAAUGUGGUAAGGUGUUUAAAUUAGAACAUAAUCUCACUAGACAUAAACAAAUCCAUGCAGUUGAGAAACCUUAUGUAUGCGAUCAAUGUGGUAAGGGAUUUAAAUUAGAACAUCAUCUCAUAGAACAUAAACGGAUCCAUACAGGGGAAAAGCCCUUUGUAUGUGAUAAAUGUAGUAAAGCAUUUAGUAAAUCUAAUGGUCUCACAAGACAUAAACUAAUCCAUACCGUUGAGAAGCCCUAUGUGUGUGAUCAAUGUGAUAGGGCAUUUAGAUACAAAUGGAAUCUCAGAAGUCAUGAGCAUAUCCAUAUAGGUGACAAGCCCUAUGUAUGUGAUCCAUGUGGAAGGGCAUUUACGAGAUCUUAUGAUCUAACAGCACAUAAACUUAUCCAUACAGGUGAAAAUCUUUAUGUAUGUGAUCAAUGUGGUAAGGCAUAUGCUCGACAAUCUAAUCUCACAGCACAUAAACGAAUCCAUACAGGUGAGAAACCUUAUGUAUGUGAUCAAUGUGGUAAGGCAUUUAAUAAAAAACAGAGUCUCAUAAGACAUAAACGAAUCCAUACAGGUGAGAAACCCUAUGUAUGUGAUCAAUGUGGUGAAGCAUUUAAAGGAGAAUGA